UCGAUGAAUAAUAAUCAAUGUGCUCUAAUGGUGUCGUUAAACAAAAACAACUAACUUUUGCGUGUUCCUUAUUUUGUUUAUCGCAGUAUAGAAAACCCGAUGUACUGUUGUUUGAAUUUUGUUACGCGUUCCGAUAUAAUCGUGAGUCGACUGUUUCUUUAUGGUUUUCUAACAGCGUAGUAUAUAAUCGGAGAAAGGUUCAGAGAAUAAACCUGGAAAGCUUCAAAAACUAAUGUGAGAAACUGUAGUUUGAACUUUCUUGUCGAUGUGUAGAUGUUUUAAUUUGUUUCGAGAAUACGAUUCAGCGUUGUCAAUAUUUUUAUUUAUUUUUAAACACCAGCAACUGUUCACGUCAUUCGUUUUGUUUUUAAAGUGACUAUUUUUUUCUGCCAAACGUAUUGACAUUUUCACUGUCCCAGUGAGUGUGAAACUGAAAGUGGAAGUACACCCCUCCCUCCGCCCAACCUUAAAAAGUAUUUAUUAAAUACAUGCAUAAUCAUAAUACCUAUUUUUUAAUAUCAAAGUUAUUUGAUAAGCAAAUGUGAAUAGCAUGGCAAAACGCAAGAAUAAACCAAAAGUGAGCAAACAUUUGUUGGACAAAAGUUUCAAGAGAAAUACAAGACACAUUACAACAGAAAAGAUUAAAAAAGCAAAAACAAGUAAUGUGAAAAAAUUGCAGAAUAACACUAAAGAUCUUUUGGGUAUUUCUUCAGACCGCAUCAGUAUAAACAGCACAACAAAAAAUGGGCGAGAUGCGUGUUCUGAAAAGCUCAUUGAAAGUGAUCAACACAUUGAAGACAUUGACAGCUGUGAAGAUGGAUCCAGCAGUUUUUAUUGUUGUGACACGUGCAAUUUCAAGUGCAAGUUUUUUUCAAGAUACCAAUUGCAUCUCCGUUCACAUACUGGAGAAAGGCCUUAUUCAUGUAGUGACUGUGGAAAGAGUUUCUCAACUAAACACAGUCUGACUUGCCAUGAAAGAAUACAUUCAGGAGAAAAACCUUACUGUUGUGAGGUGUGUGGAAAGAGUUAUCGAGAGUCCACACACUUGAACACACACAUGCGAAUUCACACGGGUCUGAAGCCAUUUAUAUGUGACCGCUGUUCGCGUGGCUUUGCAAGAUCAUCUGAUCUAACGAGACACAUAAGAAUUCAUUCUGGAGAAAAACCUUUCAAGUGCUCGUAUUGUGGGAAAGGUUUUGUGCAGUCCAAUGGUUUGAAGUAUCAUUUAAAAGCUGCCUGCUCGAUAAAAGUUCAAGAUGAAGAUGCAUUAAUUCAACAACAAGAAUGUCAUUCUCCUGAUGAUACACGAGUUAUAAAUAAAAAUGAAUCUGAAAAUAAUUCAUUGAAUACCCGUAGAUCCGAGUCACAUGUAUGCAAAAUUUGUAACAAAACUUUUGCACUUAAAUUUUAUUUAAACAGACAUAACAAGAUGCAUCACAAAAACAUCGUGUACCAAUGUGAUGUCUGUAACAAGAAGUUUACCCAGUCAUCAACACUGGCUCAGCAUGUAGCAACACACACUGAAAACAAAACUCAUACAUGUGACCACUGUUGCAAAGUAUUCUUCAUUACUAAAAGUCAUCAAAAACACAUGAGAACCGAUUCAGAGUUGCAACCGUAUGUCUGUGACAUCUGUUGUAAAUGUUCCACCCAGACUGAUCACCAACCAGCUCAUCAUCAGUGUACUCAUAAUGAAGAAAGACCAUUCAAUUGUCACGUAUGCCAAAUUCAGUUCAGCCAAACCUCUGGUUUACAUUCUCAUAAAACACAUUCAAAAUCGUAUUUGUGUAGUCUGUGUAGUGCCGUUUUUAACUCUUUAUCUGAUCUACUGGUUCAUUCAGCAGUUCACCUAAUUAAUGAUUCUCUCGAUACACCAGAAAGCAAAUUAACUUCUGUUAACACUGAAACAAGCUGAAUCAUUUGUAGCACAAGUCCUUAGUAAGGCUUACAUUCUAACAUGAAUGAAAACUAAUUGCUCAUACUUUUGUAAUAAUAAAUUUAUCAUUUAUGUAUACUUGAGAUUGCAGUUUUUACUUUUAGUAGGGGCACUUUUUUAAUACUACAUGUACCUCGGCUAUCAAUGUGUUGAUUUCUCCUAAACAUUAGAUUUAUUGAUUUUUACCACAAGUACAUGUAUUUAAAUGGUAUUAAUUGGAAACCCGUACACAUUGACAAUAUUACAGAUGUGAGCAAGAUAAUCCUGUUGUGACUCCUAUAAGUGUUGUUUGAUCUUUUAACUUUGUGGCCAGAGGAGGACAUUCCGUCUUGGGAUUCAUAUUGAAGUUUGUUGAUGUUUUAAAAAUAUUUUGUGUAAUUUACAUAUUUCAAUGAUUUAUUAGUGAAACAGAAAAUGAUUUUACACAUCUGUUAUGUUAAUGUUACUUUUACCAAAACCAUAAAAACUGCUUAAUUUCACAGAGUUCCACAUGAAAUAAAUUAGUUUGAACCAUA